AAAAACUGCAUUUGAAAUAAUAUGGAAGAUAUGUUGGGUGAAGAUAACAUCAUUAGAGGAUGUGAUCUCCAGUUUGAGCCUAAUCCAGGAGGUUUAGGUGUAGAACUUUUCCAAAAAAUGAAGAAGAAUAAAUAUUAUACAGCUCAAAUUUGUGCAUUAACAGGACACAGAGAUACAUACGGAUCAUUAUUACAAAGAUCGAUAAGAACGGCAAUUGAAAUGCAAAAUCGCGGAGUAACCCGAGAAGAUGUAAUAGCUUUAUGCACCUACAACCAAUUAAACAGCGCCGUACCUUACGUUGCGACAUUUUUGGUAGGGGCAAAAGUCGCGGCUUUGGAUCCAACGAUUUCCUUUGAAGACACAAAGCAUUUAAUUAAUCAAGUUUGCCCAAAAUUGGUUUUUGUCGUUCCCGAAUGUAAGGACAUGUACGAAGAUGUUAUCUCAGAGUUAGCUCUAAAAACGCAAAUAAUCGUUUUUAAUGAUGCGAAUGAUUACGAUUCGAUUUCGUUUUUUUUAAAGCCAAAAGAAGCAGAAAACGAUUUUAGGCCUGUCAUUGCUAGUAGUAUUCAUGAUACCGCUAUUAUAUUCUUUAGUAGUGGUACAACUGGGUUGGCAAAAGGAAUUUGUAUUAAUCAUUAUACGAUUAUGGGUCAAGCGGUUAAUAUUAGCGUUUCUGGAUUAAUAAGUAACGUGGUUUGUUCUUUUGCAACGUUUUAUUGGAUUUCGUCGGCGAUGAUUUUCGUCCAAACCGUAAUGAAAGGCCAUACAAGACUUAUUUGUAAAUUUUUCACGCCGAAAGACGCUUGGGAAUUAAUUGAAAAAUACAAAGUGACUCAAAUGUUUGUAGCUCCAAGCCAAGCAAUGGCAAUGAUGAAACAUGGAAAACCAGAAGGAUUAAAUACAGCAACUCUUUACGAUUUGAUGGUUGGUGGCGGCCCAAUGUCGUCUGAAAACAUGAUGGCAUUCAAAGAUUUAUUUCCCGGUACAAACGUUGGUUUAGUUUAUGGUCAAACUGAAGUAGCUGGAUUAAUAACCAUUUUUAAGCCGGCUGUAAGAAAAGACAUUAUUUUAAUGCAUAGCAAACCAUCAUCUUCAGGUCGACCAAGUUUUGGAAUGUGGUUCAAAGUGAUCGAUUUAGAAACUGAAGAGGUUUUAGGUCCAAAUCGACGUGGUGAACUUCGUGUAAAAACUAAAAUGCAACUUAACGGUUAUUAUAAUAUACCAUCUGAUGGUAUUUGGGAUGAAGAUGGUUGGUUGAAAACUGGCGAUGUUUGUUAUUACGACGAAGAUCUUUGCUUUUACAUUGUCGAUCGCAUCAAAGAGAUGAUGAAGUAUCAAUCUUGGCAUAUUCCUCCAGCUUUAUUAGAAGGUGUGUUACAACAACAUCCCGCCGUGCGAACAGCUGUCGUGUUUGGUGUUCCGCAUGAUGAAGAUGGUGAACAUCCAAUGGCUGUAGUUGUUUUAAUGCCAGAUUGUCAAGAUGUUCGUGAAGAAGAAUUGGUGGAAUUCGUAAAUUGUAGAGUGGAUAAUAGACAGAAAAUUCGUGCUGGAAUUCGAUUUAUGGAUAGUAUUCCUUUAACACCUUCUGGGAAAGUUAAAAGAAAAGCUUUAAAAGAUUUUGUUUUGGAAGAAAUGAAAUAUAGAAUUUAGUAUAAUGAUUGUUUAUACUUUAAUAUAUUGAUAAAAUUGUGAUAUUUAUUGUCAACCCGAUUUCAAUAAGUACACAAUAACAAUGAUAAUUUUAAAUAAAUAAUACAAAAUCAAA